AUGCCCCACGCUCAGCUCGGGGAGACCCGAUGCAGUGACGAACAGCGAGCGCCCCUCGGCUCUGCCAGUACGAGCCAGUGGCACAACCGACACCUUCCACCCCAUGCUCGGCGUGUCAGUCGCGUGACUAGGCUCAGGUCUCUCGGCUCCUCACUGGGCGAGAGCCAUGACGGAGACCACGAGAUCGAAUGGGCGGGAUUGGAGGACUUUUUCCUCGCGCCGCUGACCGACGACAUUGACACGACGGUCGUCCCAGAGAUCGUGUGGGAAGACGGAAAGCCGAGGUUGGUGAGUGCGCGCAGGGCACCGGCACAUGAUGGCCAUCGGUCUCUGGUGAACGUGCCCGAGCUAAGUUUGACCACCGAGUGAACAGAAGAGUCGAGGUCGCUUGCUGAGCUUUCAAGAAGACAACCAAAGCGUCCAAGUUUAUGAUCCUUCGGUUAUCCCGGAUGUCGUCCUCCUCACUCGCGAAGUCUUCGAGGCCGACCCCAGCCUGGUAGCUACCUGGACAUCGGACGACAAGGACGGCUACGAUGAUACGCGGUCGUGGUCACAAGUUGCUGCCGUUGCCGAAAUUAGCAGGACGUCGAGUGUCGAUCCAUCCGACUCCGACUCGGAUAUAUUGUCCGGCCCUGAGCGCCUACGAGAAUCCCUUUCCGCGCUCGUCUCGCAAUCGCUUCGAUCUCACGCGUUCGGGUUCCUCCUCUGUGACAACAUCCUCGAGAUGGUCCUCCAUACUCCGAGCGGUCGUUUUUGCAGCCCCACAAUCUACUGUACCGAAGCGAAUGGUGACCUUGCAACCUUUCUGGCGAGACUGCUCAGCCUGAGCGAUCGCGAGCUCGGCAUCAUCUCCUCACUGCGUGACCGUGUGGAUUCGGCCUCGUUCUCGUUUCCGUCGUGCGAGCUUCCAUCUCGCGUUCCGCUGUUUGACAAGCGUCUCUCGGGCUCCCCUCCUCUCGAAGACAUCAGAUUCCUCGAAACACUCUACAAGUCCGACUCCAUCUUUGGACGUCACACCUCGGCGUUCCGCGUUUCGACAGGCGGCGAAGGUUCGACUGCGCACGUCGAGUAUGCGAUGACGGUCUCAUUCGUCGAAGAAGCUCGCUGCGAUGAACACGAUCGCAUCCGCCUCGCCAUCGCCAACGCGUCACCCGAGGAUCGACAAGGGCUCACCAACACCGUCGACGUGUAUCGCGAGAGUGACUUUGUCGUCGUCCCCCACUUCCUCCCCUCGAAUCUCCCCCUCAGAGCGGCGGGUCUCAAGCCGCGCGCGAUGGAGAUGACGUUCCACGAGCACUGCUUCGAACCCAUCUGCGUCGUCGACUCGACCGAAGCAUUGACGCGCGUUAUUUUGGGCGCCGUUCGAGGUAUGGGCGCUCAAUCUUCCUCUGUGAUACGUUUUCCAUGCGUCAUUGGCUGAUCACGGUGGCACCCAAUCCACUGCAGGCCUAGACAGCCUUUACCGCCUUCAUAUCCUUCAUCGGGAUGUAUCUGCCCCGAACGUCAUGGUCGCAUCUGACGGCAACGGCGUGUUGAUCGAUUACGACACUGCGGUGUUCAUGGACGGGCCAGAGGGGGAAGCCGAAUGCAAGAAAAAGGUUGUGAGUGUCUUUCCCCGAUUGAUCAAGGGUGCGUCUGCCAAGCCCGCCGCACUCUAUCGUUGCUGAUCAUUGCCGACGGGACGGACAACGCCAGGGGACGCUUGCAUAUCGCGCGCGGGAGCUGGUGGAGGAGCACAAAGGCCGACCUACGUUUCUUCACCAGCCAUGGCAUGAUAUCGAGUCACUCGUCUACGUGACCAUGUUUGCCGUAUUCAUACAGCCUAAUGGCCCCGACGACUCGAGCGAGCUUUCGGACGAGAUCAGAAGCAUUUGGCAGCUGUGGAAUUCGAAAUGGGGCGCCGUCGACUCGAAGACGAUGCUCUUCUUAGCACCUUGGGGACCGCAAGAGUUGUUCGAGCCCUUCAAGGAGUUUUGGAAGGAGGAUCUGGCUACGCUCGUCCAGACGGUCGCCAAGUACUGUGGUCUGGGUGUGCAGCGCACUUCGUGGGCUGCGCCGGUCGACGAAGACGCCAUCCUCGUUGGGCAAGCGGCGAAUUCUCGCACGGCCAGUUGGCCUCGGACUUGA